GCCGUUUUCAAGGAUGCAGUUUUGAGAGAGUCAGGUGGUGUUGAGACCACUGGGAUUGAACACGUGACUGAAUCCCACUGAAGUCUCUAUAAACUUUUAAGAUUGUGGGGGGGGGGGUGGAGAUCUACUCAUCUCGCUGACGCCCACGACAAGCCUCGUUUGUAAGUUUUCCUGAAACCUGACACCUGCCAAUCUGGAGUGUCUGCCUCUUUCUAAGGUCUCUCCUUGCCCUCUGUGUUUGGGGGCCGGUUAAUUUAUGAACCAACACAGGGACAGAUUACGUGGAGAGGCGGCUCCCAAGCUGGGCCCUGAUGCAGGCCAGGAGUUCACUGGGGCACAAGAAAAUUUGGGGAAUCCAGAAAGCGACCAGCAGGAUCCAAGCUCUGCUGCUCCAAUCAAAAUUGAAAAUGUGUUUAAUGUCUGAACAAUUUUGAAAGGAUUGAUUUAAGUGAACAAGAUGACUGGCUGGCUGGUCUCUCUGACAAGUAUCAAAAUACUACUUUUAGCAGUGCCUUGUCUGAGUGUCCACAUUGAACCUGAAGAAGGCAGCCUCGCAGGAGGAACGUGGAUCACGGUCAUUUUUGACGGUUUGGAGCCAGGUCUCCUUUAUCCUGCCAACGGCUCUCAGCUGGAGAUCCACCUGGUGAAUGUGGCUGUACCCAUGCUGCCCAUCAUACCCUGUGACAUCUCUCCUGUCCUCCUGGAUUUGCCGAUAGUGAUGUGUAGGACCAGAUCUCUGCUGUCCGAAGCACAUGAAGGUCUGUAUUACCUGGAAGUGCAGGCUGGGGGACAGGUCGUAGGCAGCCCAAGUUCAGGACCACGAGACAGCUGCACUUUCAAGUUUUCCAGGGCACAGACACCCAUUGUUUACCAAGUUAAUCCACCAAGUGGAGUUCCAGGAAACCUUAUACAUGUGUAUGGCUGGAUUAUCACUGGAAGGUCGGAAACCUUUGAUUUUGAUGCUGAGUACGUUCAUAGCCCAUUGAUGUUGGAAGCUCAGGGAGACAAAUGGGUCACUCCUUGUUCUCUUGUAAACAGACAGACAGGAUGCCGCUAUCCUAUUCAGGAAGACCACGGUCUUGGGACUCUGCAGUGCCGUGUGGAAGGCAACUACAUUGGCUCCCAGAAUGUUAGUUUCUCAGUAUUUAACAAAGGAAAGUCAAUGGUACACAAGGAUGCAUGGCUGGUCAGUGCUAAGCAGGACCUUUUCUUGUACCAGACGUAUUCAGAAAUACUAUCUGUGUUUCCAGAAACUGGGAGCCUUGGGGGAAGAACAGACAUCACAAUUACAGGGGACUUCUUUGACAAUCCUGCCCAGGUUACCAUUGCAGGCAUCCUGUGUGAUAUUAGACAUGUGUCUCCCAGGAGGAUUGAGUGCACCACCGGAGCUCCAGGUAAAGGUGCAAAACUCUCUGCUCCUCAGGCAGGCAAUCGAGGGCUUCUCUUUGAAGUUGGAGACGCGGCUGAGGGCUUUGACCUGACAGAAGCCACCCCUGGGUACAGAUGGCAGAUUGUCCCUAAUGCCAGCUCUCCGUUUGGAUUUUGGUCAAAGCAAGGGCAACCUUUCAGAGCGCGGCUCAGUGGGUUCUUUGUGGCCCCAGAGACAAAUAAUUACACUUUCUGGAUCCAGGCUGACAACCAGGCUUCCCUGUAUUUCAGUCAGUCGGAGGACCCGAGGACCAAGGUGAAAGUGGCCUCCAUCACAGUGGGCACUGCUGACUGGUUUGACUCCUGGGAGCAGAAUGGGAGUGAAGAGACCUGGCAACAGAAGAGCCCCAAGCUGGAGCUGCUCGGGGGAGCUAGGUACUACCUGGAAGCAGAGCAUCGAGGGAGAGCCCCCAGCAGCGGGCUGAGAAUUGGUGUCCAGAUCCAUAACACCUGGCUGAAUCCCGAGGUGGUCAGCACGUACCUCCGGGAGAAGCAUCAGAUCCAAGCCCGGGCCCAGAGACUUCCGGAAAUCCAGAUGCUGAUGGUGUCUGGCACAGGGAACUUCUUCCUUACCUGGGACAAUGUCUCUAGCCAGCCAAUCCCUGCAAAUGCCACGGCCCAUCAGAUUCAAACAGCCCUUGAGGAGUUACUUGCAGUUAAAUGCAAACUGGAACCCCUUUCAGCGAACAUCCUACUCCGGCUGGGAUUCGAACAAGGCCUAGAAAGUUCCAGCUCUGAUGGGCACCUCACCAGUGGGACAGAGCCCUUCUGUGGGAGGUUCAGCUUCCAUCAGCCUCGACACCUUGUCCUGACACCCCCGGCUGCCCAGAAGGGCAACCGGCUAGAUCAGUACACACAUCUGUGCCUUGCAUACAAAGGCCACGUGAACACGAUCCUGACGGUGACAGUGUCCUUCACAAUUGGCUUUCAAAACACUGUUAAGAAGAACGUCACCUGUGACUGGAGUCUCGCGGGGGCCAGCCCUAACAGCUGGCAGUUCGCCUGCACCGACCUCUGGAAGGCGUGUGUGCUUCACUCCGUGCAUCUCCAGCCACCUCCCGCGAACUCCCCGGUGCUGGUUCAUCAGGUUGAUCUCCUCCCUUUGUCUCCGGAGAUGGGCGUGUUCUAUGUGGAUGAGAUUAUUAUUGCAGACACAAACCUAACAGUUUCUCAGGCUGCCUCUGGAACAGCUCGCCCUGGCGGGAAUCUGCUGGAAUUGCUCUCUGUGGUGGGGUCCCCUCCCGUCUACAGUGUGACCUCCUGGUUGGCAGGGUGUGGCUUGGAGCUCCCGCUCAUCACUGCAAGCUCUGUGCCCACUGGAGGAGCAGAAGAAGGAUCCGGGUUGGUCCAGGUGACAACACAGAGACUACAGAGGACAAGUCCACCUUUAGGAGGACACUUUCGCAUCCAGCUUUCUAACACAGUGAUUCCUGCUGUCCCUGUGCACAUCUCAGCUAGUCACCUCCAAAAGCUCUUACAAACCAACGCUGAUGACUUCACAUCUAGGUACCUCAAUGUCAGUGACUUCACUGUGACGGAGGAUCUAAAGUCUUGCUAUGAACAUGUGUGGACUCUCUCCUGGUCCAACCAGGUUGGGGACUUGCCCAGCUUUAUAAGGGUAUCUGAUGAAAACCUAACGGGAGUGAACCCUGCUGUAACCACUCGUGUGGUAUAUGAUGGUGGAGUCUUCCUUGGACCCAUAUUUGGAGACAUGUUGGUCACUGCCAACCAGUACACUCAGGUGGUUGUGCGAGUGAACGACAUACCAGCUCAUUGUUCAGGUUCCUGUUCCUUCCAAUACCUUGAGGGGUCAACUCCCUGGGUCCACUCUGUGUGGUAUGCCCUUGAUGACAUUGACCUACUGGUCUAUAUUACUGGAAAUAGUUUCUCUGGUGACUCCAAGGCCUUGCAGGUUACAGUGAACAAAACAAGUUGCAAAGUUAUUUUCUCAAACCAAACGAAUGUGGUGUGUCAGACAGGCCUGCUGCCCGUUGGAAUGCAUCAGAUUUCAAUGUUGGUGAGACCCUCUGGUCUUGCUGUCAACGCCAGUGGAGGAGGCCUCUUCCUAAACGUGGAGCCCAGACUGGAUACUGUGGAGCCUUCCAGAGCUGCAGACAUUGGAGGGCUCUGGGCCACCAUCCGAGGCUCUAGUUUGGAAGACGUUAGCCUGGUUUUAUUUGGAUCCCAGUUUUGUGCCAUUAAUGUCACCACAAGCAAUUCACGAAGAAUUCAAUGCAAAGUUCCACCCAAGGGGGAAGAUGGACCUACAGUGAAUGUGACUGUGAUCAGAGGGGACCAUUCUGUGGUUCUUCCCAAGGCAUUUACUUACGUCUCCUCUUUAAAUCCAGUAAUCGUGUCUCUCAGCAGAAACAGAAGCAAUAUAGCAGGAGGUGAGACCCUUUCCAUUGGAAUGGCACUGCCAAUGAACCACACGGAUUUGGAUGCCCAAGUCCACAUUGGGGACACCAGAGCUCAGGUCCGAGCGCAGGCAGCUCAGGGCCUGGAGGUGGUGCUGCCCCCGCUGCCUGCUGGGCUCCACGGAAUCUCAGUCUCCAUCAAUGGGGUCCACAUUCACGCACAAGGUGUGGAUCUUCACAUCCAGUACCUCACAGAAGUCUUCAGCAUCCAGCCUUGCUGUGGGUCCCUUCUGGGUGGAACCAUCCUCAGCAUCUCAGGAAGAGGGUUCAGCAGGGACCCAGCUUUGGUUUGGGUGCUCGUGGGCAAUCGGUCCUGUGACAUUGUGAACUCAACGGAGAUGAACAUCUGGUGUGAGACCCCGCCAGCCCCCCUGCUGCCUGGUGCCCCAGCCCCUGUGGAGGUCUGGGCUGGCAGCCAGCCCUUCCCCCACCAACCUUUGCCAAGCCUGGUGGGGAAGGGCUUCACCUUCACAUAUGAAAUGGCAGCAACCCCGGUGGUCACAGCCACGCGAGGAGAAAUCACAAAUCACAGCCUGAGGCUCUACGUGGAAGGGCAGAAUCUCUCCAACUCAGAGGUCCUUCUGGGGAACUUGAGCUGUGAUGUUGAGACCCAGUCUCCCAGUAGCAACACAAGCCUGUCUGGGUGCACUUUUCCUCUUCACAGUUUGGAGGCGGGCAUCUAUCCUCUCCAAGUACGUCAGAGGCAGAUGGGGUUUGCCGACAUGUCCGCGGUGCCCCAGCAAUUUGUGGUGUUGCCUCAGAUAACAGCCAUUUCCCCAACACUUGGGUCCACUUGUGGAGGGACAGUACUCACGGUGAGGGGCUCGGCUCUCAACUCCAGCAGGAGGUCAGUUCAGGUUGACAUUUCAGGUCCUUUCACUUGUGUGAUUUUGAGUUUGGGGGACCAGAUGGUCCUCUGUCAGAUUACCCCGGCGGGUAACCCCUUGCCUGGCACUUCCUUCACCCUGAAUGUCACUGUCCUGGUUAAUGGGCUGCCCAGCGCCUGUCAGGGGAAUUGCACUCUUUUCUUGUGUGAAGAGACAACUCCUGUCGUGGACGCCUGGACCACGACCAUCAGUGGGUCUCUGACCACAGUGCUGAUUAGGGGUCAGAGGUUAGGUACCGCGGCUGAUGAACCAAUGGUGUUUGUGGAUGAUCGCCUUCCUUGCACUGUGACUUUCUUUAAUACAAGCCACGUGGCAUGCUGGAUCAGUGACUUGGCCCCAGGACCCCACUACCUAUCGGUUUUUCAUACAAGAUAUGGGUAUGCUUGCUCUGGUUACGUUUACAGACACUUCCACAUUUUGCCUCAAGUGUUUCAUUAUUUCCCCAAGAAUUUCAGCCUCCAUGGUGGAAGCCUCUUGACCUUGGAGGGUGCAGCCCUGAGGGGACGGAACUCCACGUCAGUCUACGUUGGCCAGCAGGCCUGCCUGACUGUGAACCUCAGCUCUGAGCUCAUCCAGUGCUCUGUUCCUGCAGGGAAUGGCUCCGUUGCCCUGGACAUAGAGGUAGAUGGACUUUCUUACCAGGUGGGCGUCAUUGGUUACAGCGAUGCCUUCACCCCCGAAUUGCUCUCAGUUUCUCAGACUGAUGACGUCUUAACGUUUUUGGUGGCCGGGAUCUCAGGAGCUGCGAACGUUGACAUUUUUAUCGGGAUGUUCCCCUGUGUGGGUGUCUCUGGCAACCGUACCCUUCUCCAAUGUGUGGUCCCAUCCCUUCCUGCCGGGGAGUACCAAGUCAGAGGUUAUGACCGUCUGAGAGGGUGGGCCUCAUCUAUCCUGAUGUUCACGUCCAGAGUGACCGUUACAGCAGUGACCGAGAACUUCGGCUGCCUGGGUGGAAGGCUUGUGCAUGUGUUUGGAGCAGGAUUUUCUCCCGAGAACAUCUCAGCUGCCGUGUGUGGUGCUCCCUGCCAGGUCCUGGCUAACGCGACAGUGUCUGCCUUCAGCUGCUUGGUUCUGCCCCUGGAUGUGUCCUUGGCUUUCCUGUGUGGCCUGAGGCCUGCGGAGGAGAACUGUGAGACCUCUGGCUGCAGCUACGUGCAGUGUGAUUUGACUGUCGCUGUGGGGACAGAGAGCCUGCCUGAAUCAUGGCCUUAUUUCUACACCUGUGAAGAGAGUUCCCGAUGCAUCUGUGCACAAGAUCGUUGGACAGAGUUCGUCUUUCCGUCUUUCUCAGGCCUCUUCAUCAGCCCUAAAGUGGAAAGAGAUGAAGUUCUCAUCUAUAAUAGCUCCUGUACCAUUACCAUGGAAACUGAGGCAAAGAUGGAGUGUGAGACGCCUAAUCAGCCAAUUACCGCCAAGAUUACUGAGAUACAGAAAAGCUGGGGCCAGAACACUCAGGACAACUUUCCCUUUCAGUUCUGCCGGAGGUGGUCCAGGGCUCACAGCUGGUUUCCCGAGAGACUGCCACAAGAGGGCGACAACGUCACGGUAGAGAAAGGCCAGCUGCUCCUGUUGGACACCAACACCAGCAUCCUCAACUUCCUGCACGUGAAAGGAGGAAAGCUGAUUUUCCUGGACCCAGGACCCGUGGAGCUCAGAGCGCACUCCAUCCUUGUUUCUGAUGGUGGAGAGUUCAGGAUUGGGUCCGAGGACAAGCCCUUCCAAGGCAAAGCUCAGAUCAAACUCUAUGGGAGUUCCCACUCUACCCCCUUCUUUCCGUAUGGAGUCAAGUUCCUGGCUGUGAGGAAUGGAACUCUUUCCCUGCAUGGUUCACUCCCAGAAGUAGUGGUCACCCAUCUUCGAGCAGCUGCCUAUGCCCGUGACACAGUGUUGGCUCUGGAAGAUGCUGUGGACUGGCACGCGGGGGAUGAAGUCAUUGUCAUCAGUGGGAUGGGUGCAGAAGGCGCCAAGCCCUUGGAAGAGAUUGUCAUUGUGGAGACUGCGCAGAAUACAGACCUCCAUCUGAGGUCGCCCUUGAGAUAUUCUCACAACUCCACAGAGAACUGGGUGGCUGGAGAGCUCCAUGUUUUAAAGGUCAUGGUGGUUCUCCUCAGCAGGAGUGUUACCAUACAGGGAAAUCUCACUGAUGAGAGGCUGCAGCUCCUUGCUUCAUGCCAGGGGGCCAAUGCUUCAGAAGGUGAUUUGCAGAACUGCUUGUAUUUCAAGAGUGAGAAGAUGCUGGGAUCCAGGGAUCUGGGGGCCAGAGUCAUCAUUCAGUCUUUUCCGAAGGAGCCCAGCUGGGUCCAGCUGAAGGGAGUGCAGUUCCGGGACUUGGGGCAAGCCUUCUGUAAGCAUGCGAGCUCGCUGACUCUGGUAGGAGCUCUGAGAGGUUCCUACAUGCAGGGCUGUACCGUGUGGCGAUCUUUCAGCAGAGGCCUCAGCAUGGCCAGGACCUUGGGCCUGAAGGUGGACAGUAACGUGUUCUACGAUAUUUUAGGCCACACGCUGCUGGUGGGUGCAUCCCCCGAGAUAAGGUAUAUACCUUGGGAGGUUAUUCCUGGAAGAGAAAAUGACUGGUCAGAACAGGGGAAUAUAAUAAGAAACAAUGUGAUCAUCAGUGUUUCUGGCGCCGAGGGACUUUCCAGUACUGAAAUGGUGACACCCUCUGGUAUCUACAUCCGCGAUCCCACCAAUGUUGUAGAGGGAAACAGGGUGUGUGCUGCUGGCUAUGGCUACUUUUUUCACCUUGUGACCAACCAAACAUCGCAAGCUCCACUUCUCUCCUUUACCCGGAACAGUGCACAUGCUUGUACGAGGUGUGGCCUCUUUGUAUACCCUAAGUUUCAGCCAACUUGGGAUAAUGGCACUGGUCCCACCCUGUUCCAAAAUUUCACGGUUUGGGGAAGUGCAGGUGGUGCCCAGAUUUUUAGAAGUAGCAAUCUUCAGCUGAAAAACUUCCAGGUUUAUGCAUGCAGAGAUUUUGGAAUUGACAUCUUGGAAACUGAUGCAAAUACUUCAGUUACCGACAGCUUAUUACUUGCUCAUUUUGCCCCCAAGGGAAGCCUGUGUAUGUCAGCUGGGAUCAAAACUCCCAAAAGGUGGGAACUGAUAGUGUCUAACACAACCUUUGUGAAUUUUGAUCUCAUUGACUGUGUGGCCAUCAGGACCUGUUCAGGCUGUUCCCGAGGACAGGGUGGAUUUACUGUCAAGACCAGCCAGUUGAAGUUUACAAACUCUCCAAACUUGGUAGCAUUUCCAUUUCCUCAUGCAGCAAUUUUGGAAGACUUGGAUGGGUCUCUGUCUGGGAAAAAUAGAAGUCACGUUCUUGCUUCUAUGGAAACCCUUCCAGCUUCUUGUUUGGUCAAGGCCAGCUUCAGUCAGCUUGUCCAUGGAAGUGUCUGUGAGGAAAAUGUUCUCUUUCAUCGUAUGUCUAUUGGUUUAGCCAAUGCCCCAAAUGUUUCUUAUGAUUUAACCAUAACGGACAGCAGAAAUAAGACAACCACUGUCAGUUAUGUGCAUGACACACUGUCUAACCCUUAUGGCUGGAUGGCGCUGCUCUUGGAUCAAGAGACCUACUCACUGCGAUUUGAGAGCCCUUGGACCAACAGCUCUCUGCAGUACUCAGCGACAUUUGAGAACUUUGCUCCUGGGAAUUACCUGCUGCUGGUGCACACAGACCUGUGGCCUUACCCUGACAUCCUCAUAAGGUGCGGGAGUCAAGUGGGGCGGUCCCUUCCGUCUCUUCCAUCACCUGGUCGGGACCAAGGCUGUGACUGGUUCUUCCACAGCCAGUUGAGACAACUCACCUAUCUGGUUUCAGGUGAAGGCCAAGUUCAAGUAAUUCUCCAGGUGAGGGAAGGUGUGGCGCCAACUAUUUCAGCUUCUUCCUCUGCACCUGAGUCAGUUUUAAAAUGGUCCCUCCCCGAAGCAUGGGAAGGCAUGGAGAAGGGCUGGGGAGGACACAGCGGUACCAUUCCAGGCCCUGGGGAUGACGUCCUGAUUUUACCCAACAGGACUGUCCUUGUGGAUACAGAUCUUCCAUCCCUCAGAGGCCUCUAUGUGAUGGGGACUCUAGAAUUCCCUGUGGACAGAAGCAACGUUCUGAGCAUGGCGUGCAUGCUCAUUGCAGGCGGGGAACUGAGAGUUGGUACUUUAGAAAAUCCCUUAGAAAAAGAAAAAAAGCUUCUGAUUCUCCUUAGAGCUUCAGAGGGAGUCUUUUGUGACCGUUUCAUCGGAAUUCGUAUUGAUCCAGGAACAAUUGGGGUGUUUGGGAAAGUUCAGCUUCAUAGUGCUUAUCCUAAGAAAUCCUGGACACAUCUUGGGGCUGACAUUGCCUCAGGCAAUGAAAGAAUUAUAGUAGAGAACACAGUGGAUUGGCGACCCCAAGACAAGAUUGUCCUUAGCUCCUCUUCAUAUGAGCCUCACGAAGCAGAGGUCCUCACUGUGAAAGAAGUCAGGGGCCACCAUAUUAGCAUCCAAGAACGGCUCAGACACCGGCACAUUGGAAGUGUCCACGUCAUGGAAGAUGGCCGACACAUUCGUUUGGCUUCAGAGGUUGGACUUCUGACCCGAAACAUACAAAUCCAGGGUGAUACAUCAUGCGGGGGGAGACUACUUGUGGGGUCCUUCAGGAAGUCCAGCGUGGAAGGAUUUUCAGGUAUCCUUCAACUUUUCAACGUGGAAAUUCAGAACUUUGGUUCGCCACUGUAUUCCUCCAUCGAGCUCAUUGAUAUGUCGGCAGGAUCCUGGAUAAUAUCUUGUACUCUGCACCAAAGCUGUGGUGGGGGCAUUCGUGCAGCUGCCAGUCAGGGGAUCGUUUUAAAUGACAAUGUAGUGUUUAGCACAGCUGGCCAUGGCAUUGAUUUGGAGGGUCAGGGCUAUUCUCUCUCUAAUAACCUUGUGGUUCUGAUGACACAGUCAGCGUGGUCUCCCGUUUGGGUGGCAGGAAUCAAAGUGAAUCAGGCAAAGGACAUGCAUCUCCAUGGCAACGUUGUGGCAGGAUCCGAGAGACUUGGCUUUCACAUCCGAGGCUACAGGUGCUCCUCUCCUGAAGCUCUUUGGUCUGACAACGUGGCCCACUCAAGUCUUCACGGCCUUCAUCUCUAUAAGGAGACUGGACUUGACAACUGUACCAAUAUCUCUGGCUUCUUGGCUUUCAAGAACUUUGACUACGGCGCCAUGCUCCAUGUGGAGAAUGGCAUGGAAAUAGAGAACCUCACUCUGGUGGACAAUACUAUCGGCCUUUUGGCAGUAGUUUAUGUGUCUUCUGCUCCACAGUGUUAUAGUGAAAAUCUACAGAUUGUGGUUAGGAAUUCAGUCAUUGUGGCCACUAGCUCAUCUUUUGACUGCAUUCAGGACAGAGUUAAGCCUCGUUCUGCCAAUGUGACGUCACCUGAUCGAGCUCCUUCCAAUCCCAGAGGGGGUCGAGUUGGUAUUUUGUGGCCUGUAUUCACCUCGGAACCAAAUCGGUGGCCUCAGGAGCCAUGGCACAAAGUGAGGAACGGCCACUUAAUUUCAGGCAUCAUGAAACUUCAAGAUGUGACCUUUUCUAGUUUUGUGAAGAGUUGCUAUAGCGAUGAUCUAGAUGUCUGCAUUCUGUCCAAUGCAGAGAACACUGGAAUCGUGCCUCUAAUAACGGCAGAGAGGACCAGGAUGCUAAAGAUCAAAGAUAAAAACAAGUUCUACUUUCCUCCUUUACAAACCAGGAAAGAUUUAGGAAUGCUGGUCUGCUCUGAAUCUGACUGUGAAAGUCCUAGAAAAUAUCUCUUUAAGGAUCUGGAUGGGAGAGCCCUGGGUCUGCCUCCACCAGUUUCUGUAUUUCCUAAAAUUGAAGCAGAAUGGACUGGAUCCUUCUUCAACACAGGCACAUUUAGAGAAGAGCAGAAAUGCACAUACCGUUCGCUGAUACAAGGCUACAUCUGCAAACAGACUGACCAAGUGAUCUUAAUUCUUGACAGUGCUGAUGCCACUUGGACAAUGCAAAAGUUAUAUCCAGUUGUAUCUGUGACUAGUGGUUUUGUUGACACCUUUAGUAGCGUAAAUGCCAAUACUCCCUGCUCCACUUCAGGGUAUGUAUCUGCUUUCUAUUCCAUUUUACCCACCAAGGAAAUCACCAAGGUCUGCUUUGUGGAUCAGACUCCUCAAGUUUUGCGUUUUUUUCUAUUGGGGAACAAAAGUACCUCCAAGCUCCUCUUGGCUGUAUUCUACCAUGAACUCCAGAGCCCGAGUGUUUUCUUAGGGGAAAGAUUCAUUACACCUACUCAGGUUCAAUCAACUUCCUCACUGCUGAAUGGGUCUGUUGGCGCCAACUAUUUCAGCAUCAUGGAUAACCUCUUGUAUGUUGUCCUACAAGGAGAGGAGACCAUUGAAAUACGCUCAGGUGUUUCCAUUCAUUUGGCCCUCACUGUGAUGUUUUCAGUUCUAGAAAAAGGCUGGGAAAUGAUGACCCUUGAAAGACUAACUGACUUCUUGCAGGUUAGCCAAGACCAAAUCAGAUUUAUUCAUGAGAUGCCUGGCAGUGAAGCAACCUUAAAGGCCAUGGCUGACCAUAGAGCAAAGAGAAAGCGCAAUUGCCCAACUGUGACUUGUGCCAGUCAUGAUAGAGUUGGUCAACGUAGACUUCUCAUGAUGGAAAUGAGCUCAUAUAGAGUCCUACCACCCACCACUAUGGAAACUAUCUCAAAAGUGAUGGUCGUUGAAAUUGGUGAUCUGCCAGCAGUAAGGAACACUGGAGUAAUUCCAUCCUUAUCAAGUAACAGAUUACAGACUUUGGCUCACCAGGUUAUCACUGCUCAACAGAUUGGAGUACUAGAGAAUGUUCUGAAUAUGACUAUUGGGGCCUUACUAGUGACUCAGUCAAAGGGAGUCAUCGGCUAUGGAAAUACAAGCAAUUUCGAAACUGGGAACUUGAUAUAUAUUCGGCCCUAUGGUCUUUCAGUCCUAGUCCAGCCUUCAGAUGGAGAAGUGGGAAAAGAACUUACAGUACAGCCACAGCUCGUUUUUCUGGAUAAGCAGGUACCUUGUGCACAGAAUCGGAGAGUAGAGUCGUUGGGACCCCCGUCAGAGCCUUGGGUCAUUUCUGUUUCUCUGGAAGGGACAUCAGAUUCCAUGCUGAGAGGAUGUACUCAGGCAGAAACUCAAGAUGGUUAUGUGAGGUUCUCCAACCUGGCAGUUUUGAUCUCUGGGUCAAAUUGGCACUUUAUUUUUACUGUCACUUCCCCUCCAGGGGUCAAUUUUACAGCUCGCUCCAGGCUGUUUGCUGUCUUACCUGCAACUCCAUCCGAGAGGCCCACCAUCAUCCUGGCUGCUUCCCUGUGCUCAGGGGUCUCGUGGCUUGCUCUGUGCUGCCUCGUAUGCUGUUGGUUUAAGAAAAGUAAAAGCAGAAAAAUAAAAAGUGAAGAGAUUUCUGAAUCCCAGACUAAUGAUCAAAAGAGUCAUAGCCACGUCUCACCCAAACGCCAAGGAUCACAAGUAGAGACGGGAAAAGAAGGCACCACGAUGGCAGAAGAUUUGAGGAUGAAGGUCAUGCUGGGCAAGCUGAACCAGCUCCCCCAUCAGUCACUGAAUGGUGUGUCCAGAAGGAAGGUAAGCCGCCGUGCAGUCCAAGAGGAAGGUGGCAGCCGAGAAGAGGCCGAGGCCGCGGUGCCUGCUCCCAGCAUUACCAGUGUCGCAUCACAGGGGAACACCUGUGCUUUGGGCUCUCCUGCUCAGCAGGUGUACCUGCAGGAGACUGGGAGCUGGAAGGAGGCCCAGGAGCAGGUGCUCCGAUACCAGCUGUCAGGCCAAGAUCAGCUGCUGCUGCCCUGCCCAGACCUCAGACGAGAGACGCAGCGACUGCAGGGCCGGAGUCGCCUGGGCAAGGAGCAUGUCAGCCUGGGGCUGUCCCAGGAGAAGCCAGCCUCCUGCGGUGCCACCGAGGCAUUCUGCCUCCGUUCAGUACGUCCGGAGGCUGUUCAGGAGCAGCUGUAAUCAAGGAGUAGUGAGGGCAUCUGGGCUGAAAGUCAUAAUGUUCAAAAUAUAUCUGGCUCAUGAUGAGCAGGGGAGAUGAGGCCUGACCAGUCUGGACAUUAAGAAGGGAGAAUAUGGACUCUGAAUUCUCUGUUUUCAACUUUAAAACGGAAGACAGUCAUAUAAAUGAAUGUACAUUGAAAUGGUAUCUGAUACAUCUUUUGUAUUCAUCAUGAAUCCUAGUCCAAUGUCCGGCAAAUAAUAGGUUCCCAAAUACUAGAUAAUUUUUUACUUGUUUUUAGUUUAAGCUGGUUAUCUUUCUGAUUUACCAAUUUUAAUAACGGUGUAAUGCUGAUUUAUACCAGUAGGGGGUGAUAUUAAGCUUCCUCUAGGAUGAUCACCCACAAAGCUUUGGGCUUCUCUUAUUGAAGGGAUCGUGAAAAAGUCUGGUCUGCUACAGCUAUUUCUGCAGUGUUAAAGCAAAACAUUUCUUUUUCCUAUGAGAAUGUUUGAAGGACAGGAGAAGACCCCACUCCCUGGUCUGCAGCCUUACCUGGCAACCACCUGGUUUUUCACAAGAUGAUUUUAUUUCAUGGCUUGAAUUCAAUCAUUAUUAGGAGCCCACAGUUGAGCAAACAUACCAAGCUUGCACCUCAUGAGUACUGACACAUGGAAAUUGAGAUUCUCUUGGGCUUUGCUGAGAUUUUAGUUGAGGACAAAAUAUAAAAAUAGCAAGUUUGGGUAAGGAAAUUGUCCAUGGACCACAGUUAUAUUUUUCAAUAGUUCUUUCUGUUAAUAACUGAGUCAAAUUUACAAGUGGAAAAAAACUGUAUUGGGAGACUAGCAAUGACCAAGUGGCCAAGUGGAUUAUCAGCUAACUUAAUUAUUAGAGAACUGCUUUUUGGAGAAGAUAGUGCAUGGGAGAGAUUACAUCAUGUGCAGCCUCUCUAGGCUGUGUGCUAGGGGUUCAGAUGGAGACCAGAGCAGAGGGUUAGCUAUGCUGAUAAGUUGAGUAAGGAUAUGAAAGGCAGUUUCACCCGAUUCACACAUUUGCAGAGGGCCCAUCUGUGUCCAAACUAACUGAUACUUUAAGCAGCCUGUGUCCUUGGCUGUGGAUCCAGAAGGUCUUAUGCACCAAGGGAGUAAAGCCAAGACUGCAAAGGUGAAGAAAAUAUCUAGAAAGAACUUGCUCUGAGCUUUUCCCUAAAUCGAAACCAGGAUUUUCCAAUCUCUGAAAGAUGAAGAGGCUGUCCUAUGUUUGAAUUAGAGCAGAGGAAGGAAACACACUCUAUCAUGGCAGAAUUUUAAACAAUGAUGUCCUGGAAUUAGCCCCAGAGGAGGUAUUAAUGGCAGAAAGUCAUCAUCUGAGGGCAUCAGCGGGAAAGUAUGUCUCACUCUACCAUGAGCUGGCAGGGAAGUUCUCAGCCCCUGUGUCCAUUCUUUAGGUGUCUUGCAGACAUCUCAGAUCUUAAAGCUGCCCCUGAAAGGAGGUAGGCAGUCUUCUCUGUGACACUGUGUUGGAUUCUCUGGGUCCUCAGAGAGCUGUGAUCUUUCACUACAAAAACAUUUCAGAAGUUAAGGCUUUUGAGGAGUAGAAAACUGCCCACUAAGGGUUUGUCUGUACAUUCUCCCUUUCACCACCUCCAAUUCCAGCCCAGGUGUCUUUCCUGAGCUCUAUAUUGUUUAUCGAGCUGCCUACUGAGAACUUCCACUAGGUUAUCCCACAGCCACUACAAUGUUAACAGGGCCUAAAACCUGCUUCUCAGGCUUGCCCUCACAUAGUGCAUGGCAUGACCACAUUCAGACUAGAAAUCUAGAAGUCACCCACGACUUCUCCUUCUAUCUAACCCGUCCCCAAAAGUCAGGUACCAGCUCUUAUUUUUACACCUUCUUUACCCUUCUCCCAAUCUCUACUAUCUUCUUAUCCAUCCUCCAUGUGCUAAACACUGAUCUUUUUGGAAGGCAAGUUUGAUCCUAUGCCUCUGGCUGGGAACAACCAUAAUCGACCUAUUAAUUUUACCCUAGGAAAACCUAGGAUCCCUGAGUCCAGAAUGGACUCUUUGGGCCUGAACAGCAGCCAGAAAUAUCCAGAGUAACUUGCAGGGCUCUUGCAUGUGUCACGGGAUUUCAGAGUCUAGCCAGAAUCCCCAACCCAUAGUUAAGGCAGUUCUUUUUUUCCUCCUCAAAAAAUGGGAGAAUUGGGUAAAUUCUGGAAGCAAAGAGAAGAGUUCUUGGUUCCUUUUUGUCUGGAGAUGAGUUGAUUAAAUAAAACCCCACUGUAGGCCAACCCUAAACUUACUCAGACCAUUAACAUAGGGAACCCAGUAAGUGUUUCCCAGCAGUAACAAGCCUUACCCUUUAUGCAAAUAAGUAAUUUUAAAAUGUCUUGUUGCUGUGUAAUUUCAAAGGACCUCUUCUUGCCUCCCAUUUCUGAUUUUCUAUGUGUGAUGGACUCCUUUCCUCCAAGAUACUGAACAAACUAAAAUUCUAGAGAGUUCAAAAUUAUUUGUAAAUAUUUAUGGAUGUUAAAGCUGAGAGGGAUGAUGGGAGCUAGGGUAGUUUCCACCAUCUCUUGAGUUUUGGGGAAUGUGUUCAGGAAAGGUACCAGACUCUGACAGAGCUUCGUGUGUUUCUCAGAGUGAGAGCCUGGACCAAUCUGACCAAGGUUGUGUCCUGAAGCAAACUUACCCAUCUCAUUGCCCAAAGAGGCUGCUGAGUACUGAGAGGCUUUAGUCCCUCAGGGAUGUCCCCUUUCAAGGAUUAUUCAGUUGAAUGACUCCCGUCCAUCUAACAGUCUAACUCCAAAAGUAUAAAAUUACUAUACAUUGAAAUGUAUGCAAACUAUACGCAAAAAUGAGCAUGGGGAAAUUGAAUGUAAAUUACAUGCAAAUAUUAAUCAACCAAGCUUCUAUAAAAUGUCAUGUACAUGUCAAUAACAGUCAAGGAUUUUAAUUAAUUCUGUCAGUUAAAAUUCAUGCAUUUAUUCCAUAUUUUGUUUCCAGAACUUAUAAUGUAUUGUGCCAAUUUUGAAAGAGCUAUAAGCAGAAGGAAUUACUCUGAUGAGUGUAGAACCGUUGAUUUCAGCUUACACUAUAUCACUGUGACAAAUUACAGUUAUAUUUGAGAGGCAAAUCACAUUUCCGGAACUUAAUAUUUUAAAAAGGGAUAAAACAUUUUUUUAUAAUGUUAAAUGAGGUUUAAAUGUUUGAAUACAUAGAUUUGGGUGUUUACAAGUAUUCUUCUAGCCUUUUUUAUCUUUGGGCCUCAAAAGACUGGGAAUUUCUUUGCUUGGAACAAUUCAAAAAAAGAAUAGAUUCUGCCCAUAAAUCUGGUCUGUUUUGAGACGGAAGAUCUGUUUAACACAUUAUAGGACUUUCUAGAAUUUACUGGGAUUUGAAUUGAUUGCUCUAUAUCAUCCCUCAUUUCAGUCUCAAAAUGACGACUCAUUUAUUAUUAUCACUAUAUCUUUUAACACUUAACAUAGGAUCGACCCUCUCAGAAGACUGUAUCAAUAGGUACCUAUGCAAUUGUACUAUGCCAUUUUAUGUAAGGGACUUGAGCAUCUGCGAAUUUUGGUAUCUGCAGGGGCUCCUGAAACAAAUCCCCUAUGGAUACCGAGGGACCACUGAGGGUAAUACGGUAUCGUUAGCAGUUGGCACUAUGCUGGGUGGUAGACCUUCAGAACUCAUCUUGCAUAACUGAAACUUUGUGCCCCUUGACCAUCACCUCCCCAUUGCCCCCAGCCUCUGGCAAUCACUAUUCUACUUUCUGCUUCUGAGUAUGACUGUUUUAGAUCCACAUAUAAGCAAGACCACAUAUUAUUCAUCUAUCUAUGUUGACUUAUUUCAUUUAGAUAAUGUUCUUUAGGUCCAUCAGUGUUGUUGCAGACAGCAGGAUUUCCCUCUUCUUUAAGACUGAGUGGUAUUCCACGGUGGGUACUGUUUUAAGUCACUCAGUUGCGGUAAUUUGUUACGCAGCUACAGAGACACUCUGGUUUCCCUGAACAAAAGGGGAGUCCAGUCCUCUUGUCUUGUCCUUGCUCCGGUCUCUUGGACGUCUCCUGAUCUCUUUUUCAGUGGGCAUGAAUCACUUCCAGUCCCCCAGAAGCUUAAACCCCUCACUCGACCCGUAGAUUACCCUGUGGGCAUCUGGAUGGCGUCAGUCUCGGUGCCUCUCUGGGUGUCCCACUGGCGCUCGCUCCUUCCAGGGUGGAGGAUGCCGGCUCUCAGGUCCUCCAGACACCAUGGAUUUGUUCCCAUCCUGGAACCACAAGAUGGAAACAAGCCAGAGUGUCCUUGUCUCCGUCUCUCCCUUCUGUCUUCUCAUUUCCCAGUCUGUCCCCCCAACUAGAUUCUGAAAAAAGUUAUUUGCAGCAUCCCCAUCAGUUCCAUGUGUGACAGGAGACUGAUGUCAAGUGAGAAAAUGAAAUGUAAAUUUUAUUAAACACCCCCUCUCCUCUCUGUGUAUCAAUCCAGAUUCCAGCCAAACAUAGCAAAUCAAAUCCUGCCUAUGCCCGGCCUCGGGGCACAUGGAAAAUCAUUCUCCUUAAUACCAUUGCCUUCUAGUAAAAUAUUUUUCUGUUUGGUAAAUGAAAAUUGUAAAUGCAAACCCUGUAUUAAUCCUAGUGAAAAGUAUAUUUUCAAAAUGAACAGUUGAAGGAGGGAGCAGA